GCCCAUUGGCCACUGGCCACUGAGGGCAGACAAGAGCUCCAAACUUCCGACUGUACGACCGACAAACAGCACGACCACGCCGCCAUCACCCACCCACAAUGUCGUCGCCGCGAGCCCUGACCGCGCUGGCGCGCUCGCGGCCCACCACCUUCCUCCUCAACGCCACCGUCGCGCGCUCGGCGGCAUUCUCGACCGGAGCAGCGAGGCAAAGACCAGUGGAAGGACCGCCACCGGCAGGUUUCAGGAUACCUACACCAAGGAAAUGGAACGAGAACAAGGAGAGCAUAUGGGACUCGGCGGGCAAGUACUUCCUCCUCACCGAGAUGGCGAGAGGAAUGUACGUAUUGCUUGAGCAGUACUUCCGACCUCCAUACACGAUAUACUACCCUUUCGAGAAGGGCCCGAUCUCCCCUCGCUUCCGUGGCGAACACGCGCUGAGACGAUACCCGACUGGUGAAGAGCGAUGUAUCGCCUGCAAACUAUGCGAAGCCAUCUGCCCCGCUCAAGCAAUCACCAUCGAGGCCGAAGAACGUGAAGACGGCAGCAGGAGGACGACGCGCUAUGACAUUGACAUGACCAAGUGUAUCUACUGCGGCUUCUGCCAAGAAUCUUGCCCUGUGGAUGCGAUUGUGGAGAGCCCGAAUGCGGAAUAUGCCACGGAGACGAGGGAGGAGCUGUUGUACAACAAGGAGAAGUUGCUUUCAAACGGAGACAAGUGGGAGCCGGAGUUGGCUGCGGUGGCGAGGGCUGAUGCUCCAUACAGAUAGGAGGAGCCGGCGGAUGCGGAAUGGGGUCGAGAGCAGUCAUGAGCGCGGGCAGAAGUGAAGGCCCAGAGCGAUGCCGUAUGCAGUUUUCUAUGUCGCAAAGUGUUACAAAUACUGUAUAUACACGAAAACCGGCACGAACGUUUUCUCCAAUGUGGGCUUGGUCUAUCCGUGCUACAAGAAGAGAGAGAGA